AUGGCGGACGGCGGUUUCGUUGACGACACCGUGGCAAUUGCCACUUCAACGGAUACAGAGCUAUACGACCACCCUGGAGGUGGAAAGGCCAGGUCCAAAGUGUGGGACGUAUUUGCAUUUCGCAAAAUAAAAAAAGAACUGCCUUCUUCAAGAAAGAACCUAGACAUGACGGUGGCUGUUUGCCGGCUUUGUCAAAAAAGUUACAAAAAUACAGGCAACACAACAAAUUUUAUGAGCCAUAUUAGAAACGAGCAUUCUCUACCAAAGGGAACUGACAAUACUCCUAAAGUAAAGACAAACACUACUACUACUGGUACUUGUAUACAUACUCCUACACGAAAGCCGAGACAAGUUCAGUCAACUUUAAAUUUCCCCUCGCAAGAAAGCAAACUAGGGAAUGAAAGAAAAAAGGCUUUAGAUGAUCGUCUUAUGAAGAUGGUUAUAGGAAAGGUGCUUCCUACCAGUUUGGUUGACAAUUGUUAUUUUAAAGAAUUUGUGCAGCUAUUGGACCCUAGAUACAAUCUUCCUUGUAGGAAAACUCUUGUAGGAUGGCUGGAGAAGAAAAAAGUAGAUAUCCAGGAAUGUAUUAAAGCAGAUAUCAAAAAAUGUGAAGGUGUUGCAAUUACCCAUGAUUCCUGGACUAGUAAUGCUACUGAUAGUUAUAAUACAAACACACUACACUAUAUUGAUGACAACUGGAGGCUCAACUCAGCUGAUUUAGGCACCAUUAAAAUGGAAGGCAGUCACACUUCUGAAAAUAUAGCCAAGUCAUUACAAACAACAAAGACAAACUGGUCACUGCCAGACAAUAUAAUAGCAACUACUGAUAAUGCUGCCAAUGAACAAAAAGCCUUCAGAUUGCUCGAGUGGUCGAGAUUUGGAUGCUUUGGUCACAAGUUGAACCUGGUCGUAAAAAAUUCUCUACAAAGCAAUAAUAUUAGCCGAUUAACAUCCAAGGGGAGACGCCUGGUCACCCUAUUCCACAGUUCCACUAGUGCACAUGACUUUCUCAGUCAGAAGCAAAGGCAGCUUGAAAUAAAAGGAGCAGGACACAGGCUACUAAAUGAUGUUCCAACUAGAUGGAAUUCAACGCUGCUAAUGCUUGAAAGACUUAUAGAGCAAAUGCCUGCUCUAAUGGCAGUGGCAAGUGAUGAAAAUGUCUCAAAAAAUAUCCGCACAACUUUGCAGAAUACAGUAUUCAGUUUCGAAGAGACCAGCAUUGCUGACAAGGUUAUGGCUUUGCUCACUCCAUUUCUGAGGGCAACAGAAAUUGUAUGCUCUGAAUCAAACCCAACAAUAAACAAAGUCAUACCUGUGGUUACAAAACUCAAAAGGAAGUUGGAAAUAUCUGAGGAUGACUCACCUCUCAUACAAAGUAUGAAGAAAAAAAUGCUGGAACAACUGACCUUUCGAACAGAGGUGAAGGUAAAAGUAAAACCAGGUGAUGCUGCUGCUAUGCCUGCUACAAGUAAUAGUGCUACUACUACUAACCCUAGCCUACCAUCAAUGGCAGAAUUUGACAUGAAAGAUCCAGAUACACCCACAGAUACAGUUCAGGUAGAUAGUAACGUUUUGACACAGACAAAAAUUAAAUCUCCAAGUAAAAAGAAACAGAAAUUUGUAGAUUGUGAUGAAACGCUGAAAGAUAUAGUCUGCACAGGAGAAACAAAAGUCGACAGGGAGGAUACCAUUUCCAAGGAAAUUGAAAGGUAUCUCAGCAGCCCCGUUAAUACACUUAGCGACUCAGACAAAAGCUUAACAACUCUUGAAUGGUGGAAGGAAAACGAAUUAUUUUCCCCCAGAAUAGCAGUGCUUGCAAAACAUUAUCUUGCUGUACAAGCAAGCAGUGUCCCAUCAGAGCGUGUGUUUUCUCUUGCAGGAGAGUUGGUGUCAAAGAAACGCAGCAGGAUGAGUCCUGAACAUGUUGAUUUGUUUAUAUUCCUAAAUAAAAACAUUAAGUUCUGGUAG